GAUAAGGCAGUAACGCGCGCGGCGCAGACUCUGGCGAACCUCAAUAUGCGACCACACAUCUGAAACAUGGAAAACAGUCAAAUAAUAAUAGUGAGCGUGUUCAGCGCAGCAUGGCUGGUGCUCUUGAUACUGGUAGUAGUGUUAUUCACGCAAGUGAAUACGCUGCGUCGCCGCAUCGCUGAAAUGCUCGCCACCGGCCCCAUUCGUGUCCAGAAGGCGACGUUUGAUGACAACGACAAAAACCACGCUUUCCACAACCCCACGAUAUCGCCCGACGAGGAACUGUCUCGGAGGGGGUAUUCCAUGUACGUCGCUGAUGACGCUGAGAGCGGACGCGGAACUACAGAGCGGCAGACGGGUGGGCAGUUCGUAGAGGAGCUGGCGCGUGAGCUGGACCACCGACAGCACAGACAUCAGCAUCAACAGCAGCAUCAGCAGCUGCAGCAGCAGCACAAUCAGCAGCAUCAGCAGCAUCAGACGUUGAAAUCGGAUCACCAGCAACAGCAACACCCGCCACCGUUUCUGCUACAGAUUAUCGAGGCGAACAAACGCAAGACAGGCAACUCCAACGACCAGAGCGCCGAUCAAAAUAAGGGGACGCGCCAGAGCGGCGCGAAUUCUAAUUUUACUUAUUAGGACCCCUUUACUGGUCCCGUAACCGCUGACUAGAACUUUAGGGGACCACCAUUUAAUCGGCAAUUCAAACGUCAUUGCGGCGAUGCUGUAAGAAAUGAACCACUAAUGAAGCAAAAUGUGGACGCAAACAUUUGCUUAUUUACUGGAUCAUUUCAA